AUGAGGCCACCCUGGUGCGGGAGGAGGACCCGCGGCAUCCCGCUGGGGCUGCUCGCGCUCUGGGUGGCCGCCGCCCGCUGUCUGCAGAGUCAUGGGGUGUCACUGUACAUCCCCCGGUCGGCCAUCAAUGCCACGGUCCGAGAAGACAUCCUGCUGUCGGUGGAGUACUCCUGCCACGGAGUGCCCACAAUCGAGUGGAAGUACACAUCAAACUGGGGUGAGCAGAAGAUCGUGGAGUGGAAGCCAGGGACCCCAGCCAACGUCUCCCAAAGCCACACAGACAGAGUCUGCACCUUCGACAAUGGUUCCAUCCAGCUUUUUGGUGUGGGCGUGAGGGACGCUGGCUACUACGUCAUCACUGUCACGGAGCACCUGGGAAGCAGACAGUUUGGCACGAUCGUGCUGCACGUGUCUGAGAUCCGCUAUGAGGACCUACACUUUGUCGCUGUCUUCUUUGCUCUGCUGGCCGCUGUGGCUGUGGUGCUGAUCAGCUUCCUGUGGGUCUGCAACCAGUGUGCGCAUAAAUUCCAAAGGAAGAGGAGACACAAGCUCAGAGAAAGCACCACUGAGGAGCUCGAAAUGAAAGGUGUCGAGUGUUAG